AUGAAUAAACCAAGAAAUUUAGAUAAAACUACCAUGUCAACUACUAAUCAUUAUCCCAUUAAAUCUUAUGAUGAAUAUCAAGAUUUAUUCGAUAAUAAUAAUAAUAAUAAUAAUAAUAAACAAAGACAUUCAAAUAAUCCUGUCAAUAUGUCACAUCAUCAUCAUCAUCAACGACACCACCACCAACAACAAGCUCAACAUCAUUAUCAGCAUUCACCUCAACCUCAUCAACCACAAACAUGUCAAUUUAUAUCACCAAGAACAUUAAAAGUAGAAACAAUAGUAGCACCAAAUUUAGACAUAAAACCAUAUCGAAGAAGAAAUAUAAAACAUCAAUUAUCAUCAACUGGUAAAUGUUUCCUAAAUUAUUAA